AUGAUAAAAAUAAUUUUUUUAUUCCUUAUUUUUGCCCAAAUUUAUUACUUAUCCUCCUCAGCAACUCUGACUGAAAAAGAAAAGUUAGAUAAAGCUCAAAAAAUAGUUGAUAAGGCAAACGCUAAAAAUAAAGGAAAAUGGAUUGCUAAAUUACAUCAUCGAAUUGCUAAAUUGGAGAAGCAUUCAGUAAUGCUCGGGGCAAAGCUUAAAGUCCCGAAAAAACAAGUCUCUACUCCCGUAAAAACAAAUCUUCGCCGUAAACGUUCAAUUCCAGCUUCUUUUGAUGUUCGUACAGGAUUUGCAUCUUGUGCUGGAAUUGUUGGAAUGAUUCAGGUAAUUAGGAAUUUAAUAAAUAAAAAAUCCUUCAAACAGGACCAAUCAAGUUGUGGAGAUUGUUGGGCUGUCUCCACCGCCUCAGCUUUAACUGAUCGUUAUUGUAUUAGUCAAGUAAAAAAGGGGAAUUCAGCACCUUUAAAGACAAAUCCAUCAGUUUACUUCUCAGCACUAGAGUUGAUGAGUUGUACUCCGGGAAUGUGGGGAUGUGGUGGAGGUGAUCCUUACUAUGCAUGGAAAUAUACACAGACUUCAGGUCUUGUUACCGGAACCAAUUAUACUUGGAACAGUGGUUGUAAACCAUAUCCAUUCCCUCCCCAUGGAUCAACUGAAUACACUGCCCCGUCCUGUGUCUCUUCAUGUACAUCGAGUGCUUGGAAUGUUGCUUAUACCCAGGAUAAAAAAUAUACUAAAACAACAGGUUAUAUUCAAAGUAAUGUAGCAGCCAUUCAAAAUGAAAUAAUGGCUAAUGGUUCUGUUGUAGCUGCUUUUGAUGUUUACGAUGAUUUUAUGUAUUAUUCAUCAGGACAAACUUCUGAUGUUUAUGUAGGCGGGCAUGCCGUUAGAAUGAUUGGUUGGGGUACAGACACUUAUCCAGACGGAACACAUUUGGAUUAUUGGUUGUGUGCCAACCAAUGGAAUUAUGAUUGGGGAAUGAAUGGAUAUUUCAAAAUUGCUAGAGGUGUGGAUGAAUGUGGAAUUGAAUCCUCUGAAAUUUCUUUUGGAACUUUUUAA